UUAUGAAGAUUAGAUGUAUAUUAAUAAAUAUUAAUCAAAUUUUAACUAAAUGUGGUGGUACUUUUAAUGAGAAUGAAUUAAAAGAUGGUUUUUGGCUUGAACUAAGUGAUAAUUUUUGGAAGUAAUUAUCCUUAUAUUCAUAUUUUUUAGAAAUAGGUAUUCCAUUUAUUAAGCCUGUUAUAAAAAUGGAAGAAAUACGGUAAAUGAAAAAUUUUUUUUCUUCAAUUAUUGAUGUAAUGUAAAUUGUUAUAAAUUAGAGGAGGUGGGAAAUAUGAUUAAAAUGGAAUGAAAGAUUAGUUUUGGAUAGAAUUGGGUAUUAAUUCUUCUAAGUAAAAUGAUAAUUUAUUUUUAACUUUGAUUAGGCUAAAUAAAUUAAUUUAUUAA